AUGUCAAUCAAUUGUGGGUCUCCGCGGCUCUUGGAAUGGAUUGAUUACUACGGCAACCAACCGGCAAGGGUUGUCAUUGAUCCACGACACGCUAGCCUUGUCCUUCCUGAAGAGAGAGAGGAAAAGGGGAAGAGGGCGAAUAGAAAAUGGAGUUUUCCAUUUCAACCGUUCAACCAACUACGAUCAACCAUUUCAACCGUUCAACCGACUACAAUCAACCAUUUCAACCGUUCAACCGACUACGAUCAACCAAUUCAACCGUUCAACCGACUACGAUCAACCAUUUCAACCGUUCAACCGACUACGAUCAACCAAUUCAACCGUUCAACCGACUACGAUCACCCAAUUCAACCGUUCAACCGACUACGAUCAACCAUUUCAACCGUUCAACCGACUACGAUUAACCAAUUCAACCGUUCAACCUACUACGAUCAACCAGUUCAACCGUUCAACCGACUACGAUCAACCAAUUCAACCGUUCAACCGACUACGAUCAACCAUUUCAACCGUUCAGCCGACUACGAUCAACCAAUUCAACCGUUCAACCGACUACGAUCAACCAAUUCAACCGUUCAACCGACUACGAUCAACCAAUUCAACCGUUCAACCGACUACGAUCAACCAAUUCAACCGUUCAACCGACUACGAUCAACCAUUUCAACCGUUCAACCGACUACGAUCAACCAAUUCAACCGUUCAACCGACUACGAUCAACCAAUUCAACCGUUCAACCGACUACGAUCAACCAAUUCAACCGUUCAACCGACUACGAUCAACCAAUUCAACCGUUCAACCGACUACGAUCACCCAUUUCAACCGUUCAACCGACUACGAUCACCCAAUUCAACCGUUCAACCUACUACGAUCAACCAAUUCAACCGUUCAACCGACUACGAUCACCCAAUUCAACCGUUCAACCGACUACGAUCAACCAAUUCAACCGUUCAACCGACUACGAUCACCCAAUUCAACCGUUCAACCGACUACGAUCACCCAAUUCAACCGUUCAACCGACUACGAUCACCCAUUUCAACCGUUCAACCGACUACGAUCACCCAAUUCAACCGUUCAACCGACUACGAUCACCCAAUUCAACCGUUCAACCGACUACGAUCAACCAAUUCAACCGUUCAACCGACUACGAUCAACCAAUUCAACCGUUCAACCAAUUCAACCGUUCAACCAAUUCAACCGUUCAACCGACUACGAUCAACCAUUUCAACCGUUCAACCGACUACGAUCAACCAUUUCAACCGUUCAACCGACUACGAUCAACCAUUUCAACCGUUCAACCGACUACGAUCAACCAAUUCAACCGUUCAACCAAUUCAACCGUUCAACCGACUACGAUCACCCAAUUCAACCGUUCAACCAAUUCAACCGUUCAACCGACUACGAUCAACCAAUUCAACCGUUCAACCACCUACUUUGGUGAAAGAGAAAAGCUCAAGAAGAGAACUGCACCUGUUCCGUAUUAGGCUUGUUUACCCAUGUGCGUGA